CGGGCGCCGCCUACUCCUUUCCCUGUUCCAGAAUCCCGGAACUAAACGCCAGUGUCAGCUGGGUGUGGAAGGUUCGAGAAUGCUAAACGCGUGAAGGAGGCCUGGUGGCGGAUUUUACAGAGACCGGAGAUCCUGGAGUGAAAACAUACUGGAUUAUUUUCUCAGAAACAAUCAGAUCACGACAGAAGAUGGCGCUGAGAUCGUCUGGUAUCACGCAGCCAACCACAAGUCCCAGAUGCGUGAGGCACUGAGGAGUGCUGCCCACAUGAUAGAGGCUGAUGUCCUCCUUCCUAGUGAUGGAUCAGAGCACGGCCAGCCAAUCAUGGCCCAUCCUCCUGAGACACACAGUGAUAACACUCUGCAGGAGUGGCUGGCUGAGGUCAUCAAGAGCAACAAGGGCAUCAAGCUGGAUUUCAAGAGCCUGGCAGCCGUCAGAGCGUCCAUGCUGAUCCUGGAGAAUGUGAAGCAUCUCCUUCAGCGUCCCGUGUGGAUCAAUGCUGAUAUUCUUCCUGGGCCAAACGGAAGCAGCAAAGUCGUGGAUGCCAAAGCCUUUCUAGACACCGUGACGUCUUCCUUUCCAGAUGUGACCUUUUCCUUGGGUUGGACAACAGGCUGGCAUCCUGAGAAAGUCAAUGAAGGCUACAGCUGGACAAUGGUGAAAGAGAUGGCCUACAUAUGCCGUGGACUGACCCAGCCUGUCACGUUUCCUGUCAGGGCGGCUUUGGUCAGGCAAUCUUGUUCUCAGUUGCUGUGGCUGUUGAAGAGAUCAAACAGGUACAGCCUGACUGUUUGGACUGGAAAAGAUGACAAUUAUUCCACUGAAGAUUUACUUUAUAUUCGAGACUACUUUAAUAAAACCCAAGUUUUCUAUGAUAUUUUGGAUCCACAAAACCAUGAAUUUAAACAAGCCAUUGGGAUCCGAGUCCCUCUUUAAGAAUACAAGAAUUCACUUCUUCUAAAUUAGUUUCUCUUUUGGCUUCAUAUCCUUCUCUGCUUUGUCAAAAUUAAUUACUGUAUUAGUAGUGAUUAUGGUUUGUGCUAAAUUUAUCCAAUCAAAAUGUCUAUUGUGUACUUCCUCCACCUUUAUAAUGUCAUAUGGCUGUGCGUAUGAAAGAUUUCCCAGCUGCAGUAAAACUGUCCAAGCUGGGUGUGCUAGAACAUGUUUUUAACCCUACAACUUAGGGGACUGAGGCAGGAAAAUCUAGAGUUCAAGGCCAGCCUGGACAACAUUGUGAUACCCUAUCUCAAAAACAUUUUUUUAUAAAUUCUCUGUAAUCACCAGACAUUAAUUUUGUAAAAAAAUUCAAUUAAUGAAUUUACUACUUUUUGAUGAAAUUAGAAGCAUGAUAUAUUUGUCCAGAAUGAAAUACUUCCUAUCUAGCCCUUAACAA